GCAAGACAAAGAUUGAUCCUGGGCAGUGACAUCCACCAGAGACAAGUUCCCUGAGUUUACUCUGGAAGGACAGGAGUGGGACUAAGGGCCACCCCUAUGGCUGAGCAGCCCUUCCCAGAGACAGCCCUGCUAGCCCAGGUGCUGGCUGCAGACAACACUGAAGCCCCUUCACUCUGCACUACACGCCGUGGGUCCCAGCCCCCAGCCCGGGGCACCGAGGACAGCAAACCACUACCCCUGCUCUCCCGCCGCAACUCCAUCCUCAGCCGCCGCAGCUCAUUCGGGAUGGUUCCAGGGAGCAGGCGUCCUUCCAUUGGCCCCUGGAUGCUCCACAGACGUGUUAGCUUCUCUGGGCUCCCAAUUUUCCAACCCAUCCUCAAGACCCGCCUUGAAAACACUUACAGGAUAGGGCCAGACAAAGGCUGCAAGUUUGAUGCGGAGCAGGUGCAGCGUGUGCUGGAGGGGACCCUGGCCCGUGCCUUGGGGACCACUGUAUACAAUCCCCAGGGCAGUGCCCCACUAGCCCAGAGCCUGACUGAGCUGCUGCAGAACCAGGCCAAGGAGGUAGUGCCACCCCGCUACAAGCUGGUCUGCCACGUGGUGUUGGGCCAGCAGAGCCUGUUGGUGGCCAGUCGGGGACUAUGGGACCCUGAGACUGACAGCUUUGCCUCUGCCACCUUCUCCAACACCUCCCUCUUUGCUGUGGCCACAGUGUACGGGGUCUACUUCGAGUAG